CUGUAGCACACUUAAGCAGAAAUAAUUAAACUAACAUAACAGAAACAACUGAGAUCUUAUCCUGGCGUUAUGACACUUAUAUAUCCAUAUGUGUGAUGUUAAACAAUACUGAUUCUUUAAAGCAUUAGUCACUAUGUGAAAUGCAUAAUCCAUUCAAUUUGUACUUAAACCAACGUUUUUAUCUAAGACAUUAAUUGAUACAAUCAUUGAAAGUGACAAUGAAUGAAACAUCGUUUACAGCAACAACAGCAUCAAGAACAAUAUCGACACAAUUAACAAACGUAAAUGCAUCACACAGUCUACUGUCACAAGGGUAUACAGAAUUGCUUAAUCUGUGUACAUCAUUGCUUAUGAUAAACAGUGUCAUUACACCGAUCAAUCAAACCAAUCCAACAAAUUGGACUGGUAAAAUCAAUGUAAAAGCUAAUUUAUCAAAUUCAUCUACCAACUAUAAAUUUGAUGAUUUAUCAUUAAUGCAAGUGCAGACGUCAAAUAUUUAUCCGACAACAUCACCAACAGGAAUAAAUCAACCUGAAAAUUCAACUUCAAUGUUUUCAGGCAAAGCUGAGUUAUCAUCGCAUCGUAUACCAAGCAUGCAUAAUUUUCUAAUAUGCAUUUAUUCAUUAUUUAUUAUAUGCGGUGCAACAUUCAACUUGACUUUAAUAUUCGCCUUAUUAAAGUUUCGAAAACAAACUUUAUCACAAAAUAUAACAAAUUUAUUUGUAUUAUGUCUGGCUGUUUCAGAUGUCUUCUUAUGUUCUGUCAGUAUGCCAAUCCAAUUGUAUUAUGAGAUAACUGAGAAUUAUAAGCCAAGUACAGAUUUCUGUCGAGUAUUAUUUAGUAGUUUUGGUAUACCAAUGUAUAUAUCAUGUUUAACUAUUUUAUUAAUUGCAUUCGACAGAUAUCGUUUAAUUGUCUAUCCAUUGAAAACACAAUUAACACCGAAAGCUGCUCUUGGUUUAAUCAGUAUUAUAAUUGUAUUUAGUGUAGUGAAUUCAAUUCCAGUUGCAAUACAAAUCAGUACUGAAGGUACCGAUGAUUAUCUUUAUUGUGUUGAAACAUGGCCAAGUGCAAAGUUAAGAUUUGCAUACUCUGUAUCAAUCUUUGUUAUAUUAGUUCUUUUACCGUUAAGUGCAUCAGGUGGAUUUUACUUAGCUAUCUACAGACGUCUAAAACAACGACCCUGUCAAUUGAAUGCAAGUAAAGAAGCUGAAAAAAGAAAAAAGCGUACAACCAGUCUAUUAGUGAUAACAGUUGUCUGUUUUGCUGCCUGUUGGACACCAUGGUGCUUAUAUUCUUUACUGUUAGAAGUACAAGCAUUAUUAAAUGCUGAAAAUGAUUUAUCCUCAAUUAACAGAUUUGGAUUAUCAAACGAUGAACUACGUAUACUUUCAGAUCGUUUUAAAAAGUGUCAAGAACUUAUUUUUUCUAAAAUGAAUCAACCAUACUUUUUACCAAUGCCUCCUAAUCUUAUUUCACCUACAGUAGAACUUAUUCCGGGAAACAUUUAAAAAUUAUUGAUCUUUUAUUAAAAUUAUUUGCUAUGGGAUCAGCAUGUGUCAAUCCACUGUUAUAUGGUUGGUUGAAUGAACCUAUACGUAUAGUGAUGAGAAGACAGUAUAGUCGAUUUGAAGAGUGUUUCAAACCAAAUCAAAGCAACAAACACAAUAUAAAUAAUAGUACCAGUUAUGUGAACGCUAAUAGGCAAAAAUUAUGUUCUAAACCGACCAGUGGUAGUAAAUCAACAAAAUUUUUAACACCUCCAACAUUAGUCAAGUCAAUUUCAGAUUACAACACACGAUCUAAAUUAAUCGUUGAAAAACCGACCGGUGGUAGACAAGUGAAUUCACAAGACACCAGAUCGGCUAGUUAUACUGAAGGAGUUGGCGAGGAAUACAAAAAGUUGGGGAGAUUUGAAAAUACUUUUGCCUCUGACAAUAAUAUUAUUAAUGAUGACAAUACUACAAAUAAGAAAAGCUCAUGUGAAUUAAUUCUACCCAAAAUAGAAAUUAAUGUUAAAGAGAAACACACAAACAAUCAUUAUGAUCGGAUAGACAAAAUAUGAAUUCAAAAAAUUUGUACAAUAUGUGGAAAUAUUUAAUGUAUCCAAGAUACCAUCAGGUGUAACAUUUGAACCGCAUAAUCCAAUACGAAGACGCGCAUAUAUAUAUAUAUAUAUAUAU